AUGGAUAGACUUAAUGGAAAUGUGUCGUCAACCAAUAAUAGAGGAGAUAUCAAAAGAUCUAUGUCUAAAGAACAAAGAAAAAAAUCAACAACAACAACAACAACAACAACAACAACAACAACAACAACAACAACCAAUUUUCCUAAUAAUAAAGAAACAUUAUCAAAACGAUUUGAUUUUAGAAAAAAGGAUAAAUCUAGUUUGUUAGAUAGAUUUUUUAUAGAUUUCAAAUUUAGUGAAAUUAAAAUUCAAUGGUUUAAAUUUAUAUUCUAUAUGAUGAUGGCAAUUGAUUGUUGGUUAGAGUUACCAAGAUUAUCAAAUUUUUGGAUUUCACCAACUUCAAGUUUAUUUACAAAUGCAAGUCAUUUUCCAAUUGAAUUUGAUGAUUUUAUAAAAAAUUUAUUAUCAAUUGAUUCUUUAAUUAAUGAAAAAUCAUUUUUAAUUUCAUUAAUUAUUGGUGGAAUUUUAUCAAUAAGAUGUGCUCUAUCAAUUAAUAUCAAAUAUUUUGAACCAUUUCUAUUGGCAUUAUUAAAAGGUUAUUUAGUUUUAUCAAGUCAAUCUGAUAAUUAUCAACAUCAUUAUUUAUUAGUUUUAGUUUUAUUUUUAUUAUCAACAAUUAAUUGGGAAAAUCUUUCAAACAAUAAUAAUAGUAGUAGUGGUAAUAAUAAUAAUAAAAAUAAUAAUAAUAAUAAUAAUAAUAAUAAUAAUAAUAAUAAUAAUAAUAAUAAUAAUAAUAAUAAUAAUAAUAAUAAUAAUAAUAAUAAUAAUAAUAAUAAUAAUAACAAUGGUUUAGUAUCAUGUUGGCAAUUAAAAUUAUUAUUAUUACAAUUAUCAGUAGUUUAUUUUUGGACAUCAAUUGCAAAAUUACAUUGGUCAUGGAUUAGUGGUUCAGUUUUACCAAGAAUGAUUGGACCAGAGUUUAGAGAUCAAAUAAAUCAAUUUAUGUUACCUUUGCUUGAAAGUUUAUUUUCAAAAGAUCAAAGAUAUUCUUGGUUAAAUCCAAUGAUGAUAGUAUCAUGUUCAACUAUUGUUGUUGAAUUGUUUUUAGUGUUUUCCUUGCACAUUAAAAAGUUUUCAUUAUUAUCAUUCAUUUUAGGCGUUUCAAUGCAUACAAUUAUGGGUUCUUCAGGUUUAAGAAUUGGUACAUUCUCUUAUUUCAUGUGCAUAUUUUAUAUCUUAUUAUUACCAAAUAAUUGGUUUACUAGUAGUAAUUGGUUUUUUAAUUUAAUUAAUCAAAGUAAAAAAAUUAAAAAUCAAAAUCAAAAUCAAAAUCAAAAUGGAAAUAAUUUUAAAAUAAUAAUUUUAAAAACAAUUAUUAUUGCUAUUGUUGGUAGUCUUUUUAGUAAAUAUAUAUUUAAAUUAUUUUCAACUCAUUGGUGGUUUAUAGAAUACUUUGAAAAUUCAUUUUUAUUUAUAGUUUUAAUUAUGAUUAUUCAAAAUUUAACUUGUUUAAUUGAUAAUAAAAAUAAUAACAAUAUUAAGAAACAAUUAUCAAUAUUUUUAUCAAUUUGUUUAUUGGUUGCAUUAUGUACAAAGGUUAGAAUUGAAUUUAGAUCAGCUUUUAUUGAAAGAGGUACAAUGGCUAUUAGAAUUAAUAAUUUAGAUGAAGCAAUUUAUAAUUAUCAAAUUGCAAAGGAAUUAGCUGAACAAGAAUGGCAAUUACCACAAAUUUUUAUUAAUCAAUCAUCAUCAUUUUCAAAUUGGUUAACAGGUGGAACUACUGAUGAAAAAAGUUUUGAAUUUAUUGGUGAUUUAGGUCUAUUUUUAGAAUCAAAAAAUAAACAAUCACAAGCUUUAGAAAUUUAUGAAAAAUAUUAUCCAUCCUAUCCAAAUAUUUUAAAGAUUCAUGCUGGUUUCAUACGUUGUUUAUCAAGUAAUCCAACAUUGAUCACUCUUGAAAAUAAAUUGAAACUUUGUAAACUAUUACCUGAAACGUUUUCACUUGCAAAUAAAACUUCGAAAUUAAUUUGUGAAGAUCAAGAGUGUUCAAGAUCAAAAGGACAUGCAACUUAUGUUUUAGAUUUAAUUAAAAAAACUAAAAAAAAUAUUAUUUGUUAA